AUGGUCAACUUCGUCCCAUACCACUCCAAUAUGCAGCAAGAUUUUGAGCUGUACUCGAAUAGACAGGAGCAGCAGCCUGAUUUCAAUCAACCAUUCCUGCCUGCAUCGACAUAUAGCAUGGAGCAAACCUUUAGUGCGCCGUUCGACAACAUGGCUUCCCUGGAAGAGGUUCCCAGACAUCUUAACCUCCAGUAUCACUUCGAUACCAUGGCCCAGGAAGUUAAGGCCUUCCAGUACCAGACGCCGGCGGGAUCACCACACUCCACAUCACAUUCCUAUCAUGAUCUGCCCCCCGUUCUUUCAGCCUCGUCCGAAUCUGGUGCCUCAGUGUCUUCUUCUACCACCGGCUCACCACCACUCCACCCACACUUUGAUGAGCCUUGGGGGCUUGCACUCACAAGCAGCUUCGACUACCCAGCGAUGAUCGCAACGGACAAGACGUUUGUGGAUCCCACUUUAAUACAACCAUUCACCUUCCCCUCUUACACCCCCUACCUCGAGAUCCCAAGCCCCUUCCUUGAGGUCCCAGGAGAAGUCACAUCUUACUUCCCCAUCAUGGACCAACCGCCUUCUCCAGCUCUUUCACACGUCUCGUCACAAAGCCAACAGCAAGGGUCAGCACGGUUCAAGCGAGGAAGCGUAAGCCCAUAUCUUCGUACUCAGCAAUACCAGCCCUACCCACAGUUCAACGAUCAAAGGCGAGGUUCCAUUGCAUCACUUCACUCGCACAACUCCAGCACAAGCCGCAAGAGCGUGAGCAGCUUUGAGGUUGAUGACGAGACACGCGAGAAGGGUCGUUGCCCACUUCUAGAAUGUGGACGCAUCUUCAAGGACUUGAAGGCCCACAUGCUUACCCACCAGAACGAGCGACCAAUGAAGUGCCCGAUCACAACGUGUGAGUAUCACGUCAAAGGGUUUGCGCGCAAGUACGACAAGAACCGCCACACUUUGACACACUACAAGGGCACAAUGGUGUGCGGGUUUUGUCCGGGCAGCGGGUCGGCGGUGGAGAAGAGCUUCAACCGUGCGGAUGUGUUCAAGAGGCAUCUUACUUCGGUGCACGGCGUCGAGCAGAACCCUCCCAACAGCCGCAGGAAGAGCCCAUCAGGUCGCAAGGCAUACACCAGCACCAUGCUCGCCAACGUGUCUGGUACUUGCUCGACUUGCUCGGUGACGUUUGCCAACGCGCAGGAGUUCUACGAGCACUUGGACGACUGUGUGCUGCGCGUGGUGCAGCAGGCUGACCCUAGCGAGGCUAUCAACCAGCGCCUCCUUACUUCUGUUGCCGAGGACAAGGACGUUAGCGAGACUCUGGACCGCAAUGGUCUCUCCAAGAGCAUCGAGUACAGCAUCCCUAGCUACAACGAUAACGAGGAUGAGGAAGAGGAAGAGGAGAUGGAUAAUGAGGACUACAACGAUGACACAUAUGGCGUACGCCGGCCACGCUCUGGGAAAGGCACAUCGCGCUCGGCCAAAUCGAGUUGA